AUGAUUGGAAAAGUUUUUCUGCUUGCCCUUCUGGUGGCCAUCGCCAGUGCCUCACCUCUGGCUCUGGACUCAACAACCAGCGACAACUAUGGCGUUACCAUCUCCCAGUUCCUGGCUGCCUGGAAGCAGAUGAUUCCCUGCGGCUACGCUGCGGGCAACAUUCCAGUCAUGUCCCCACUGACCAACGACUUCACCGCCUUCAACUUUAGCAGAGGAGAAACCAACCUUGUAGGCAACGUGAGCAACAUUCGCAUCUCGGGCCUCGACGACUUCAUUAUUCUGAGCGGAUCCUUCAACACCACUACCCAAAAGGCCAAAUUCGAUGUGCUGUUCCCAGAGAUCCAGAUCUUGGGCUCCUAUGCCCUCCAGGGUAUGAUGAGCUUGCUCGGCUUUGCUUUCCCCGUGCGUGACGUCAGCCUGAUCAACGAGCGUUUCCAGCAACUGCGUUUCGUUGGUGAAUACACCUUUGGCCAGAGCCUCACCAACUCCAGUGGACUGCGCAUUAGCGAAUACCAUCUGCAAUUCUAUUUGGCCGAUGUGAAAAUCGACAACUGGGACUUGUUGUUGAACAUUGCUGCCAACGAUUAUGCCAACUCUUGGUCGAGCCAGAUAAUUGAUCUUGCCGUCAAACUGGUUCAAAAGUAUGUUGAUGAGCUGUUGGCCAUUGAUGUGAUUCCCAGUGUGAACGACUUGCUUGCAAACGUCAGCAUGGCUGAGCUGUCUCAGUUUUUGAUCAACACUGCCGCCAACUGGAACAGUGUCGACUGCCAAGUGCAGGCCUAA